AUGGCUAUCUUUGAUAUUGAUACCCCCCCCGGUUAUUCCGAGCCACCUAACAGCAUCCCGUCCAUGGGGACCAAUGUUCAUAACGGACUUAUCGUCAUCGGCACCAUCGGUGUAAUUUCGCUGCUAUUCACAAGUACCCUCUUAGGCUUCAUGACGUGGCGCAUGCUUAACCUGAACCAUUAUUACACCUCAUCUUAUAGUAGAAAUCAAUCGGUCAUUCUUAUUUACCAGCUUAUAUUAGCUGAUUCGAUACAAGCUUCUUCCUUCAUCAUCUCUCUCUAUUGGGCGUCUCAGCGACAGAUCGCGGGGCCGAAGGCAGCGUGUUUUACGCAAGGGUUUUUGGUUCAACUCGGAGACGUCGCGAGCGCCUCCUUCGUUCUCGCGAUAGCGGCUCAGACGGUAUACCAUGUCAUCUUCAUCCGAACCUUGUCGUACGGGACUUUCGUGUCUUGUAUUGUCGCUCUUUGGGGGCUUUCUCUGCUCCUUUCUUUCCUCGCGCCCAUCAUUGGCGGACGUUUUGUGUUUCUGACAAAUGGUGUCUGGUGCUGGAUAUCAAGGGAGCAUAAGCCACUUGGCAUUGCCCUCCGCUAUGCCUGGGUUUUUAUUGUCGAGCUCUUUGCCAUCCUUUGUUACGGCGCCAGCUUUUACUAUGUCUAUCGUGGUUGCGUUUCAGGCUCGCGCAACGCCCUAACGGCGAUGUUGGCCUAUGCGAUAGUAUAUACCACCCUGAGUCUUCCAAUAGCAGUUUGUCGAAUGGCUGCCAUGGCACAGGUAAAUGUCCCAGAAAAUAUUUUCCUAUUCGCCGGCGCCCUCUUCACGUGUUCCGGGUGGGUCGACUGUCUGCUAUACGCAUUGACGCGGCGGUCCGUACUCUUCGACGAACCAGAGGUCCGGCUUGUUCGCCACCAGAAGCAGAAACAUGCUGUCCAAGCUAGAAACUCCUUGCGGAAAUCGAAAAGUGUCCAGAGAUACCCAAGCGCGUGCACGUUGGACAAUCCCAACUCGCAUUCUAGUAGGGGUAUUCAGAUGGAGCGAACGGUGAAGGUGGAAAGUAUCAGAGGAAGGCCGGAUCUGGAGACGGGGGUCCAUUAUGCGUCGGUGGAGGCCCUUAAGCUGCAAUCGAGAAGCUUGCAGUCGAGAAGCCAUUGA